UCUUCCAGGCGGUGACGCGUUGCCUCGGAGACGGAGGAGGGCGACUGGAACGUACGCGCCAGUUGCAACCUGAAUCACGUGGAGGGGGCGAAGAUGGCGGCGGCCCAGGCGGUGGAGGAGAUGCGGAGCCGCGUGGUGCUGGGGGAGUUCGGCGUUCGCAAUGUUCAUACCACCGACUUUCCCGGGAACUAUUCGGGCUACGAUGAUGCCUGGGACCAGGACCGCUUCGAGAAGAAUUUCCGAGUGGAUGUGGUACACAUGGAUGAAAAUACAUUGGAGUUUGACAUGGUGGGAAUUGAUGCAGCCAUUGCCAAUGCUUUUCGGCGUAUUCUGUUAGCUGAGGUGCCAACCAUGGCUGUGGAAAAGGUCCUGGUGUACAACAACACAUCCAUUGUCCAGGAUGAGAUCCUCGCUCAUCGCUUGGGGCUCAUUCCCAUUCAUGCUGAUCCCCGUCUUUUUGAAUAUCGGAACCAAGGAGAUGAAGAAGGCACAGAAAUAGACACUCUGCAGUUUCGGCUGCAGGUCAGGUGUACUCGGAACCCCCACGCUGCUAAAGAUUCCUCUGACCCCAAUGAACUCUAUGUGAACCACAAAGUGUACACCAGGCACAUGACAUGGGUUCCCCUGGGGAACCAGGCUGACCUCUUCCCGGAGGGCACCAUCCGACCAGUGCAUGAUGACAUCCUCAUUGCUCAGCUGCGGCCUGGCCAGGAGAUUGACCUACUCAUGCACUGUGUCAAGGGCAUUGGUAAAGAUCAUGCCAAGUUUUCACCUGUGGCAACAGCCAGUUACAGGCUCCUGCCGGACAUCACACUGUUGGAGCCCGUGGAAGGGGAGGCAGCUGAAGAGCUGAGCCGCUGCUUCUCACCUGGUGUUAUCGAGGUGCAUGAAGUCCAAGGUAAAAAGGUGGCCAGGGUUGCCAAUCCCCGGCUAGAUACCUUCAGCAGGGAAGUCUUCCGGAAUGAGAAGCUGAAGAAGGUUGUACGGCUGGCUCGGGUUCGGGACCAUUAUAUCUUCUCUGUCGAGUCAACAGGGGUAUUGCCACCUGAUGUGCUGGUGAGCGAAGCCAUCAAGGUACUGAUGGGCAAGUGCCGGCGGUUCUUGGAUGAACUAGAUGCAGUUCAGAUGGACUGAGGCUUGCAGACUCACUGGCACGACUGGGCUUGGAUGCUCCUGAGGCACACUGAAGAUUUUGGGUUCUGACCUGCUGCCACAGGACUGCUGUAAGAGCGUCUAGUGUGCUAGGUGUUUUGAGUUUUCUGGGACAAUUCCAGCUUUAUUUUAGUCAAUACAUUUUGUUAAAUGUGUCACAAAAUGUGACGUUUAUGCCUUUAUAAGGCCUCCAUGUAAAUAAAUUCACAUCCAAACAAAAA